AUGGCUCAUUGGAAAGGGACCGAAUUUGGCUCGUUUUUGAAUUACGCGGGUGUUGUUGUGCUCAAAAAUUUUAUAUCUGAUAACGAUUUGCUUCAUGGUUGCGAACUGCAUAACACAGAACCUUUUUAUGAGGACUUAGAGGACCUGACUGUAGAUUUAAAUGUAUUCAAAGUUGAUAGUUUGCAUGAAUUUAGUAGCCUUAAAACUUUUAGCAUGGAUGAUAUUUUUUGCUGGCGCGAAUAG